AUGUAUAUUACGCAGUCGAUCCUUCGAUGUAAAAUCCGUCCAUUGUGCUUUGGGCACGUUCGGGUUACGAACAAGCUUUCUUUACCUCUCGGGCCAACCUCAUCACUGACAAGGCAAUAUGCCUUCACUGCGACUUCCCACCACGGGACCGCCCACGAUGAUACCCUGGCAAGCUUAGAAGAUUCAACACGCUCGCAGGCGCAUCCGUUAUCGGGCUACUACUACGAUAUCCUCUCAUCCAAAUCACCCUACAGAUCUCAUGCGCCGACUUCGCGCCCUGCCGCCGAGAAACCAACCCCGGCAACAACCGUCAAACCCCAGUCACCAGAAGAAAAGAUGUCCAUCGUCUUCGGAUCGCGACUUGCUGGGCCAGGCCGUGCUUCGCGUUACAACCCCGGAACUAUGCCACCCGAGUCUCAAUGGAAGAUGAUCAACGGGGUGGCCAUUCCGCCCCGGCCCGAGGAACCGGACAAUUGCUGCAUGAGUGGUUGUGUCCAUUGCGUGUGGGAUGAUUACCGCGAUGAAAUGGAGGAAUGGGCCAGUCGUGUAGAAAGGGCCAAGGCGAAGGGCACUACCCAGAAGGCCACGGCGGAUAUGCGACAGACGCCGAGGGCAGAGGUUGACAGUGCGAGUCGUAGCAUGGAUGACGACGGCGGAGGUAGCGAGACUAACUGGCCAGUAUCUCACGAGGCAGAUGAUCUCUUUGCCAAUAUACCAGUUGGUAUUCGCGAAUUCAUGAAGACGGAGAAGAAACUAAAGGAAAAGCAACAACAUGAGAAAAAUAAAGCGUCAAUUUGA